AUGUCGUCCCGCGCGUAUUUCUUCCUCUUCAUCCUCGUUGUUGCUGUUGCUAUCUCUGCAAUUUUCUUCCACCCUUCUCGUCUUCAUCGCAUUGGCUUCACUACAACUAAUGAUCAGGUGAGCAACCCAGUUCAAGAUACUGGUAUUUUUGAGGAAGUCUUCCAACACCCCGAUUUCUUCUUGAGAAAUUCCGCUCUGAUGGAGAAGGGUUUCAAGAUCUUCAUAUAUCCAAAUAAAAAUGAGGAGGUUUUUGUUUACAAUGAGAGGUGCAUUAGCGGGAGGUUUUCUACUGAAGCUUUCUUCUACUACCGUCUCUUGUCCUCCGAAAGAUUUUAUACAGAAGAUGACACUGAAGCUCAUAUGUUUUUCAUUCCACUUACUUGGUUCGACAUUUGCAGUACGGGAAGUUAUGCUUAUGAUGAGAAAUAUGUUCGGAAAAUAAUUAACAAGUUCCCUCACUGGAAUCGGAGUGAAGGUGCUGAUCGCUUUCUUGUGACUUGCUGUGAUGCUGGAGCAAUAUUCUCUGAAAGAGUUCCACUGAAUAAUUCAAUAAAAGUCUCGUGUUCUGCAAGAAAUGAUUCCAGACAUGACAUACACCACAAGCACAACGAUAUAACCAUUCCCCAGAUGAGACGGCCAUUUUUUCCUCCGGUUCGUGGUAAUGACAUACACCAAAGGAAAAUACUCGCUUUCUGGGCUUGUCAAAAAAAUACGACAAGUGAAAGUUCUUGGGACAAUGAGAAAUUCAAAGCAUCCAAGUAUUGCAUUUGUGAUGGAGCAUCCUAUAUCACAAGAAUCUGUAUAACCGACUCAAUCCAUUUUGGAUGUGUUCCAGUGAUCUUGUAUGAGGACUACGAAUUGCCAUUCGCAGACAUUCUCGACUGGACAAAAUUUUCUGUAAUAAUCAACAAGGAUAAAGCACAUCAGGUUGAACAGAUCCUUGAAGCCAUAUCAAAAUCGAAAUUCAGAGAAUUGCAUAACAACGUACUCAAGGUUCAAAGGCACUUCCAUGCGGAUUCAGCUUUGGAAGGACUUAAACCAUAUGAAUAUGAUGUCUUCCAUAUGAUAAUAUAUGAGCUCUGGUUGCGCUACCUCGCACAAAAUUAUUUUGAUUCCUAAACUUGUAUACAUUUUCCAAACAUAAAGAUGAGCACAACCUAGUAUUAGUUAGGAUGACAAGUACAAAUGUAUAAUUUUCUUUACCUGAUGAAGUUGGAUGCCAAGGAAUAUCAAUUAGUAGAUAGAAUUUGUUCCAUUCUUUGUUCAUUUGGACUUUAUUUUUGUCAAUUAAUUUUGAUGUUGUAUCGA